UUUUUCCUCUCAUGGAUGCCCAGAACAAAACUCAAGGGACAGAAUUCAUCCUUCUGGGUUUGUCCAGCCUUCUCAGUCAUGAAAUCCACCUGUUCUUGGUGUUUGUUACUGAAUAUUUGGUCGCUCUGAUGAGCAACCUCACGAUCAUAAUUCUGAUUCUCCUGGAUUCCCGUCUUCACAACCCCAUGUACUUCUUCCUCAGCCAGCUCUCCUUCUUGGACAUAUGCCUUUCCUCUGUGGUGGUACCAAAGAUCCUGGUGGACUUCCUACGCCAGCAGUACACCAUCUCCUAUAACCAAUGCCUGGCACAAGCCUUCUUCCUGAUUGGCUUUGCGGGAUGUGAGCCGGCACUGCUGGCCGUUAUGGCCUAUGACCGCUACGCUGCCAUCUGCCAACCUUUGCACUAUGCCCACCGGAUGAGGGGCAAGUUGUGUGUCCAGCUGUCUCUGGCCAUUUGGCUCUGGGGCUUCCUGAACUCAGCUAUCUACGCUGCCCUGGCCUCUAGGUUGGAUUUCUGUGGACACCUCCAGGUCCCUCACAUGUUUUGUGAUGUCCCCCCAUUGUUGAAAAUUGCUUGCAGUGACAUUUCAGUCAACACGUUGGUCAGUUAUAUCAAUAGCACCUUGGUAGGUCUCAUCCCUGUUCUGCUCAUCGUCCUGUCCUAUUUCUACAUUUUGUCCUCCAUUCUACAGAUCCACUCCAAGAUCGGCAGGCGCAAAGCCUUCUCCACCUGCGCUUCACACCUUGCUGUAGUAACACUCUUUGUUGGAAAUGCCUUUGUGAACUACAACCAGCCCCGUGCUGGCUACUCUCUAGAGGUGGACACCUUGAUCUCCACCAUGUUUUGCAUCGUCACCCCCAUGUUGAAUCCCUUGAUCUACAGCCUCCGCAACAAGGAAGUCAAGGGGGCCCUGAGGAAGCUUCUCAACAUCUAGAAGAUGGGGCAGGCUUCAUUUUGCAAUGUGUGGUUGUGUGUGUGUGUGUGUGUGUGUGUUUUUUCUCUAAUAAGAAUGAGACUGCUACAUAGGAACUGGUCAAUGAACUUACUCAAGGUAAAACAUUUCUUAUGAGACAACAAUGAAAGAUAUCAUAUUAAUUCAGCAUUCUAUGUUCUAUCAUAACUUGGUGCCUGCAAGCCCCAUAACAAGUUGCUUUGUUACUUUCAUGAACAACAACUGUAUUGUACAUCUUGCAAAUUUACCAACCCUUGAGAGACAGACUCAAAAUUCAUCUUAUCAGUUUUAAGACACAGCUGAAGAUGAAGUUUAGUUGUGGUCUGGAUGGACUUUAUUCUUUCAAGAAAGAGCCUCUUUUGCAGUAAUUCAUGUGAUCAAGAAUAAUAAUUCAGUGUAAUAAUUCAGUAAUUCGAGUACUCAAUAAAA